AUGCCUCUCGACGGUCCCCCAAUCUUCGUCUUCGUCCCAGGUGCAUGGCACAGCCCUGACACCUUCGAGAUGGUGCGCGCCGUACUCUCCCAGCGAGGCCACGAAUCCCAAGCCGUGGCUCUUCCAUCUGUUGGAGCAAGCGAGCCUUUCCAGACCGGUCUGUUCGCGGAUAUUGUCCAUGUCCACAAGCAUCUUCGAGCUUUGGUUGAGCAGGGCCGUAAGAUCGUUCUGGUGAUGCACUCUUAUGGUGGCAUGGUGGGAUCCGGGGCUGUAGAGGGUCUUUCGUACUUACAAGGACGCCGGAAUCAUGAACACGGUGGAGUAAUCAUGGCCGUUUGGUUGAGUGCGUUUGUCACACCUGCUGGCAAGUCGCUUCUUGAGAUGAUUGGUGGGCAGUGGCUUCCUUGGAUGGUCUUGAGCGACCCCGACGAUGGAUACUGUCGCUCGUCAGAUGAAGAAACUAUCUUUUACCACGACCUACCCCCCGAGGUGCAAUUCGCCGCCAUUGAACAACUAAAGCCUCAUUCCAAGCUCGCCUUCCUGCAACCCGCCUCGUUCGAGCCCUGGCACGAAAUACCAUGCAUGUAUCUCUUCUGCGACGAUGACGCUGCGCUUCCACUUGCCGUGCAGGAGGAGUUUGCAAAGACGCUGGGAAAUCCUUUGACUUAUCAUGUCAAGGCGUCGCAUUCACCCUUUUUGAGUCUGCCUGAGGAGACUGCUGAUGGGUUGGAGUUGGCGUUGAAGGUGGGAUUGGAGAAAUGUGGAUGUCGUUAG